GAAAGGGAUAAAAAGACGAUGAUUCACACACACAUAUUUAACAGGUACACAUCCUGCAGUUUCUUUAUUUGGAAAUUUCUUGGUGACUUUCAUUUCUUUCGACCAUCGCGAAACGACGCAUUCAUUCUACCAUUCUGCAUUGCUUUGAAGUUUUUCUUCAUUGUCCUCUCUAUUGAUCUUUAGGAAUGUUUAACAACAGUAAUCUUUUCAACAAACCUGCCACGAACGCAUUCGGCUCCAGCAAUACACCAGCUACAUCUAUAAUCAAUUCAAAUACAGGGUUGCAGCUGGGUCAACCGAAUAAUAAUAACACGUUUCAAGCAUUACAACAAAAUGCACAACAGCUACCAACCCUGCAGCCACAAACACAAGCACAAGCACACCCUGAAGCAAAGACUGAGGAAAGUCCAAAGUUAAAACAAAAAGAGCAAUCACCGGCGUCUUUGAGGCAGAUUUUAGAGAGAUCGAGGUUAACGAAUCACAAGAUUAACUCAAGCAGUGUACCUACGAUUGAAAGAGGAUUGACUCAGAUCGAAUCUCAAUCAAAGAAAUUAUCCAGUAAAACCUUGUCUACAGAAGAAAAUGUGGAUAUCAGAGCACAUUACUUUCUGGCACAAGGUGGCAUUAAUACGCAGGUAUUAGUCAAAGAAUUGGGAACCAUCCAUCUCGGAGGACUAGGCGAAUAUAGACAACCUAUCCAAGAUACCAACAUUGAAGAUUAUCUUAAACAACAAAAUACAGAGACGGUUCUCGCUUUGGUUCAAGAUGGACGUCAAGAGAUUGUAGAGAGUACAGAAAACGCCUUUAAGGAAGAUUUAGACUCAUAUUGGAAAACAUUCUUGGAAAAGGAAUUAAAAGUGAAUGACUAUUCAUCAGAAAGCCUUCAACUCUCUAAAUCCAAAUUUGACGCCUCUCGCGUUGUGAGUGCAGGAAUGAUUUGAUAGGGUAUAUAAAGCGAACUA